CGGGUUCGCCUCCACGUUGCCCGAAGUCCCUCGCUCCACGGACGGGGAGGAAAGUUUGACGCCCGCCGCGGCAGGGGGGCGGCGUGGGCGGGGCCGGCGGCGGAGGGAUUCCGGGCGCGCGCGCUGCCGUCGCGGGCACCGAGCGAGUGGCGCCAGAAUUCAGAGCGCGGAAGAGCCCGAGCGCCCGCUCCCGUCGGUGGGACCCGCCGCCAGCCGCCCGGACCCGCCGCCCGCCGCCCCCGCCGGGGCCCGGGCCGAGAGAAGAUGGUGGUCCUCCGCAGCAGCCUGGAGCUGCAGAGCCACUCCGCCGCCUCGGCCACGAGCUCCCUGGACCUGUCCAGCGAGUUCCUCAGCUUGGAACGGAUCGGCCGGAGGCGGCUGCGCUCGGCCCGCGCCGCCGAGCAGUCCGCCGUCCCCGCGGCCGCCGUGGGAGAUGGGUCUUCAGUUAAGGAAGUUGAAACCUACCACCGGAAACGUGUUUUAAGGACUUUGAGAAAAAAUGCACAGAAUUCUUCAGAUUCUAGUUUUGAUAAGAAUAUGGAAGUAACGGAGAAACAUGCUAAUGGCAGGCAUUUUACAAGGCAGUUGGCCAGACAGCAGGCUGAUAAAAAAAAAGAAGAGUGCAAAGAAGACAAAGUAAUUCCAGUUACUCGGUCAUUGAGGACUAGAAACAUUGUUCAGACUCCAGAACACUUGCAUGAAGAGAAUGGUGAUGUUGAAGUUCGCCGCAGUUGUAGGAUUAGAAGUCGUUACAGUAGUGUGAACCAAUCUGUGCUAUUUGAUAAACUUAUAACAAACACUGCUGAAGCUGUACUUCAAAAAAUGGAUGACAUGAAGAAGAAGAUGCGUAGACGGCGAAUGAGAGGACUAGAAGACUUGACAGUGUUUAAUGAAACAGAAGAAGGGAAUCUUAACAUGUACACAAGAGGAAAACAAAAAAGUAUUCAAAGAACUGAUGAAGAAACAACUGAUAAUCAAGAAGGCAGUGUGGAAUCAUCUGAAGAGGGUGAAGAUCAAGAAGAUGAAGAUGAUGGUGAAGAUGAAGAUGAUGAUGAAGAAGAUGGAGAAGAAGAUAAUCAGAAACGAUAUUAUCUUAGACAGAGAAAAGCUACUGUUUACUACCAGGCUCCAUUGGAAAAACCUCGUCACCAGAGAAAGCCCAACAUAUUUUAUAGUGGCCCAGCUUCUCCUGCCAGACCAAGAUAUCGAUUAUCUUCUGCAGGACCAAGAAGUCCUUACUGUAAACGAAUGAACAGGCGAAGGCAUGCUAUUCACAGUAGUGAUUCUACUUCCUCUUCCUCUUCUGAAGAUGAACAGCACUUUGAGAGACGCAGGAAAAGGAGCCGCAAUAGAGCUAUCAACAGGUGUCUGCCACUAAAUUUUCGGAAAGAUGAAUUAAAAGGAAUUUAUAAAGAUCGAAUUAAAAUUGGAGCAAGCCUUGCUGAUGUUGAUCCAAUGCAAUUAGAUUCUUCAGUUCGAUUUGAUAGUGUUGGUGGUCUGUCUAAUCAUAUUGCAGCUCUAAAAGAGAUGGUGGUAUUUCCAUUACUUUAUCCAGAAGUCUUUGAAAAAUUCAAAAUUCAACCUCCAAGAGGUUGUUUGUUUUAUGGUCCACCUGGAACUGGAAAAACACUGGUUGCUAGAGCACUUGCCAAUGAGUGCAGUCAAGGGGAUAAGAGAGUAGCAUUUUUCAUGAGAAAAGGUGCUGAUUGUCUAAGUAAAUGGGUAGGAGAGUCUGAAAGACAGCUACGAUUGCUAUUUGAUCAGGCUUACCAGAUGCGCCCAUCCAUUAUUUUCUUUGAUGAAAUUGAUGGUCUGGCUCCAGUUCGAUCAAGCAGGCAAGAUCAAAUUCACAGUUCGAUUGUUUCCACCCUGCUAGCUCUUAUGGAUGGAUUGGACAGCAGAGGAGAAAUUGUGGUCAUUGGUGCUACCAACAGAUUGGAUUCUAUUGAUCCUGCUUUACGAAGGCCUGGUCGCUUUGACAGAGAAUUUCUUUUCAGCUUACCUGAUAAAGAUGCUCGAAAAGAAAUUCUGAAGAUUCACACCAGGGAUUGGAAUCCUAAACCACUGGACAUAUUUCUAGAAGAACUAGCAGAAAACUGUGUUGGAUACUGUGGUGCAGAUAUUAAGUCAAUAUGCUCUGAGGCUGCUUUAUGUGCUCUGCGUCGACGCUACCCACAGAUCUAUAACACCAGUGAGAAACUACAGUUGGAUCUCUCUUCAAUUACUAUCUCAGCUAAAGAUUUUGAGGUAGCUAUGCAAAAGAUGAUACCAGCCUCCCAAAGAGCUGUGACAUCACCUGGGCAGGCACUGUCCACCAUUGUGAAACCACUCCUGCAAAGCACUGUUCACCAGAUCUUAGAAGCCCUUCAGAGAGUAUUUCCACAUGCGGAAAUCAGAACAAAUAAAGCACUAGACUCCGAUAUUUCUUGUCCUCUGCUAGAAAGUGACUUGGUAUACAGUGAUGAUGAUGUUCCAUCAGUAUGUGAAAAUGGGCUUCCUCAAAAUUCUUUUAAUAAAGCAAAAGAAAAUUUUAAUUUUCUUCAUUUGAAUAGAAAUGCUUGUUAUCAACCUAUGUCUUUUCGACCAAGAAUAUUGAUAGUGGGAGAACCAGGAUUUGGGCAAGGUUCUCAUUUGGCACCAGCUGUCAUCCAUGCUUUGGAAAAAUUUGCAGUGUAUACAUUAGACAUUCCUGUUCUUUUUGGAAUCAGUACUACAUCUCCUGAAGAAACAUGUGCCCAGAUGAUUCGUGAAGCUAAGAGAACAGCACCGAGUAUAGUGUAUAUUCCUCAUAUCCACUUGUGGUGGGAAAUAGUUGGACCAACACUCAAAGCCACAUUUACCACAUUAUUACAGAAUAUUCCUUCAUUUGCUCCAGUUUUACUACUUGCAACUUCUGACAAACCCCAUUCUGCUUUACCAGAAGAGGUACAAGAAUUAUUUAUCCGUGAUUACGGAGAAAUUUUCAAUGUUCAGUUACCUGGUAAAGAAGAACGGACAAAAUUUUUUGAAGAUUUAAUUCUAAAACAAGCUGCUAAGCCUCCUAUAUCAAAAAAGAAAGCAGUUUUGCAGGCCUUGGAGGUACUCCCAGUAGCACCACCACCUGAGCCAAGACCAUUGACAGCAGAAGAAGUGAAACAACUAGAAGAACAAGAAGAAAAUACAUUUAGAGAACUGAGGAUUUUCUUAAGAAAUGUUACACAUAGGCUUGCUAUUGAUAAGCGAUUCAGAAUAUUUACUAAGCCUGUUGACCCUGAUGAGGUUCCUGAUUAUGUUACUGUAAUAAAGCAACCAAUGGACCUUUCAUCUGUAAUCAGUAAAAUCGAUCUCCACAAGUAUCUGACUGUGAAAGACUAUUUGAGUGAUAUUGAUCUGAUCUGUAGUAAUGCUUUAGAAUACAAUCCAGAUAGAGAUCCUGGAGAUCGUCUUAUUAGGCACAGAGCCUGUGCUUUAAGAGAUACUGCCUAUGCAAUAAUUAAAGAAGAACUUGAUGAAGACUUUGAACAGCUUUGUGAAGAAAUUCAGGAAUCUAGAAAGAAGAGAGGUUGUAGCUCCUCCAAAUAUGCCCCAUCUUAUUACCAUGUGGUGCCAAAGCAAAAUUCCACUUCUGCUGGUGAUAAAAGAUUGGAUCCAGAGCAGAAUGAAAAGCUCAAGAUGCUCAACAUUCCUGUGGCUUGCAGCACUCCUGCUCAGUUGAAGAGGAAAAUCCGCAAAAAGUCGAAGUGGUACUUAGGCACCAUCACAAAACGAAGGAAGAUUUCACAGACCAAAGAUGGCAGCCAAAAUGUCACAGAUGACAAAAUUGAGAGUGAUACAGAGGAAAAUCAUGAUAUAAGUGUAGACCACAUCGAGACUGGAAACACAGGAGAGUCUUCAAUGGAAGAAAAUGAGAUGCAGCAAAAUGGCUCUGAAAGCAAAAUAGAUUUGGGAAAUAACUCAAGUACCUGUAGUAUUCAGAAUGAACUUGAAUCUGGGAAGGCUGCAGCAAGUACAGAACUGAAGAAAGAUAAGAUCACUUGCAGUGGAGAUUCUUUAAGCUCUCAAGUAAUAAAUGUUUCUAAUGAAAGUGAAGCAAAAGAAAGGUGGAUUCUGCAAAUGACUCAAGCUAGACAUUCCCAAAUAGAGCAACAGCAGCUCAUCAGUGCUGAAAAGGCUUUGGCAAUUCUUUCACAGCCUAUACCCUCACUUGUUGUGGACCACGAGCGAUUACAAAAUCUUUUGAAGACUGUUGUUAAAAAGAGUCAGAAAUACAAUCUUUUUCAGUUGGAAAAUUUGUAUGCAGUAAUCAGCCAGUGUAUUUAUCAGCAUCGCAGGGACUAUGACAAAACAACACUUAUUCAGAAAAUGGAGCAAGAGGUAGAAAACUUCAUUUGUUCCAGAUCCUGAUGUCAUGGUAUCACAUAUUCUUAUAUUCUGUUUUUACUUAGUUCACCCCUGUCAUGUUCACAUAACUGAUGCAAGGUGAAAUCCUGCAUCUUUAAGAAAAAUAUUAAAAUAGUAAAUAAAAAUAUUUAAACUUUUAGUAUCUAUGUACAUGUGUAAGAUAAAUUACAGAGAUAAAAUGCUGGGAGUUUGAUGGAACAAGGCACUGUAGUAAUAGUAAUGCUAUGGCAUAUCAAUAGUUGAAAUGUGGACGACUCAAUAUAAAGAUAGCUUACAUUUUAUGGCAAUGAAGAGUAAUUAGUGACAUUGAUUUUUUUUGUUUUAAGCACUUUUAACGUUACCCGUCCUGCAGUAGUUGAUUGCAUCAGACUAGAAACUUAACCGUUGCAUCUUUGCCAUCCUUUUGUUGUCUUCAGUACCCAUCUCUCAUCUGCUUUUAGCUUGCCCUGUUCAUUCACAUAAAAGACAGUGUUCAAUUCAUGAGGGCCCUUGACAAUUUUUGGCUGCAUCACAAUUCUGUACCUGAAUGUCAAAAUAAAUGCUUUUUGGAUAACAUUUUUAUAAUUCUUAUUUGGGUUAAUAAAUUUUAAAUAUUUUUAGUUAAGUCUUAUAAUUAUACACAACAAACAUAACUACUUUGUUGAACAGCUUUUUAAUAACACAAAGUUUUUAUAUUUGAAAAAUGUUUAUAUCCUUCUAAAUUUGUGUUUAGGUUAUAUUCUAUAUAUAUUUUUAUAUGCAAUUAUAUAAAUAUAAUGAAUUUUUGUAAUAAUGGUACCAAAAAUGCAUUUCUUAAAGAAAUAAAACCAUUCACCACCAUGCACAUUCUUUUUCUUUUUUUUAGGAGCCAUUCUAAUAUUUGUAAAAUAGCUUCUAUUGGAAACUUUCAAUAAGUGUUGGGGAUAAUGAUCUCAAAUGAGAGAUUCUGGAUUCUAAUAGUUUCAAAAGUUGAGUGGCCUUUUGUUGAUUUACCUGGAUAUUGUAUUUAAAGCAUUUUAAAACCCAGUAAUUCAGAUACCUUAAUUAAAAGAUAAUCUCUUAGUAAUACAUAAAGCAAUGCCAUUCACUAUAAAUAUCUGAGUAUGUGCAUAUUCCUGGAUUCAUGCACAUAUACACAUACAUACUUAUUUGUAUUGAAAUUUAUUAUAAUUUAUUCCAGAUGCGUCCUUUAGGAUUUCAUUUUGUAUAAUUUCUUUAAUAAAUGUUCAAUGUAAAAAUGGUU